CUUCCCGAAUACAUCCCACGCGUGGACGCGCGGCGCGGCCACGCAUAGCUCUGUGGAGGAAGCCCAUAGACGAGCUACGCUACGCGACGUGACAUGACGUGACGUGACGUGAAGUGACGGCAAGGACUGCGGACAGAUUCACGCCGAAGCCCCCAAAAGACACACUGGAGCAGCUCCCCCCCCUGAUUUGGAUCCUACAUGAUCGGCGCAUCGGAACGGUGGAUUGUGGCUGGCGUGUCCGGACGCACCGCACUGGGCUCCGGUUGACUCGGUGGCGGUUGGCCGCUCUUCGUCGUCGCUUGGGCGGACUGGAGGAGGCGACGGCGCCGGCUCGGUGGUGGUGGUGGUGGAGGAAGAGCAGAUUGGAAUGUCCUGAGUUCCUGCCAGAGCGCCCGGAGAGAGCGCAGUGCUGAUGGGAGCGGCUGCGCCACCAUGAGCGUACAAGAUGGCAGCUGCAGCUACGCCAGCAGCGCCAACAUGGCCGCCGCCAGCGGCAGCAUGCGGCGGCGCCUGGAGGACCAGGAGUUCACCCUUCGCGUGUACCCGGGCUCCCUGGCCGAGGGCACCAUCUACUGCCCCGUCACGGCCCGCAAGAACACCACGGCGGCCGAGGCCAUCGAGUGCCUCAUCGAGCGGCUGCGCCUGGACCGCACCAAGUGCUACGUGCUGGCCGAGGUCAAGGAGUUCGGCGGCGAGGAGUGGAUCCUCAACCCCGGCGACUGCCCCGUGCAGCGCAUGAUGCUGUGGCCCCGGAGCGCCCUGGAGAACCGCGGCGGCCUGGGCAGCGGCGACGACUACCGUUUCCUCCUGCGGGAAAAGAACCUGGACGGCUCCAUCCACUACGGCGGCAGCCUCCAGAUGUGGCUGCGGGUGACCGAGGAGCGCCGGCGCAUGGUGGAGCGGGGUUUUCUCCCCCAGCCGGCGGGGAGCGACCCCCCGACGGACCUCUGCGCCUUACCCGAAUUGACGGAGCGCCGCCUUCUGGAGAGCCUGCGGGCGCGUUUCCGUCAAGAGAAGAUCUACACGUAUAUCGGGAGUAUCCUCAUCGUGGUCAACCCCUUCCAGUUUCUGCCCAUCUACAACCCAAAGUACGUCAAACUGUACGACAACCACGCGCUGGGCGAGCUGGAGCCGCACAUCUACGCCGUGGCCGACGUGGCCUACCACGCCAUGCUGCAGCGGCGACGCAACCAGUGCAUCGUCAUUUCGGGCGAGAGCGGCUCGGGGAAGACGCAGAGCACCAACUUUCUCAUCCACCACCUGACCGCCCUCAGCCAGAAGGGCUUCGCCAGCGGCGUGGAGCAGAUCAUCCUGGGAGCCGGGCCCGUGCUGGAGGCCUUCGGCAACGCCAAGACGGCCCACAACAACAACUCCAGCCGCUUCGGCAAGUUCAUUCAGGUCAACUACCAAGCCAGCGGCACAGUUAGAGGGGCCUACGUGGAGAAGUACCUGUUGGAAAAAUCUCGUCUGGUCUACCAGGAGCACAACGAAAGGAACUACCACGUUUUUUACUACCUGUUGGCUGGAGCCAGCGAGGAUGAGAGGAAGUCGUUCCACCUGCUCCAACCUGAGGAAUACCACUACCUCAACCAGAUGACAAAGAAAUCGCACAAACUUCGCUGGGACAAUUGCUAUGAAAGCCAGCUGCAGGACUGCUUCAGCGUGGAGGGCGAGGACUUGAAACACGACUUUGAGCGUCUGCAGCUGGCGAUGGAGAUGGUCGGCUUCCUUCCCGCUACGCGCAAACAGAUUUUCUCGCUGUUGUCGGCUAUACUCCACCUGGGCAACAUCCGUUACAAAAAGAAGACCUACAGGGACGACUCCAUCGACAUCUGCAACCCCGAGGUCCUUCCCAUCGUCUCGGAGCUGCUGGAGGUGAAAGAGGAGAUGUUGCUGGAGGCGCUGACCACCAGGAAGACGGUGACCGUAGGGGAGAGGCUCAUCGUGCCCUACAAACUUGCAGAGGCGGGCACGGUGAGGGACUCCAUGGCCAAGUCGUUGUACAGCGCUCUCUUUGACUGGAUCGUGUUCCGGACCAAUCACGCUCUGCUCAACAACAAGGACCUGGAGGACAAUUCAAAGAUCUUUUCCAUUGGCGUGUUGGACAUCUUUGGAUUUGAGGACUAUGAAAACAACAGCUUUGAGCAAUUCUGCAUCAACUUCGCUAAUGAGCGGCUGCAGCACUACUUCAACCAGCACAUCUUCAAACUGGAACAGGAGGAGUAUCGAGCCGAGGGCAUUAGCUGGCACACCAUCGACUACAUCGACAACAGCAGCUGCAUCAACCUCAUCAGCAAAAAACCCACCGCGCUCUUCCACCUGUUGGACGAGGAGUGCAACUUCCCUCAAGCUUCCAAUCAGACCUUGCUGGACAAGUUCAAGCGUCAGCAUGAGGGAAACAGCUACAUUGAGUUCCCCGCCGUCAUGGAGCCCGCUUUCAUCAUCAGACACUACGCCGGGAAAGUCAAGUACGGAGUGAAGGACUUCCGAGAGAAGAACACGGACCACAUGCGUCCCGACGUGGUGGCCUUGCUGAAGAGCAGCAAGAAUGCCUUCAUCUGCGGUCUGAUGGGCAUCGACCCCGUGGCCACGUUCCGCUGGGCCGUGUUGCGCGCCUACUUCAGGGCCCUGGUGGCUUUCAGGGAGGCCGGACGCCGACGCACUCACAAGAAGACAGGUCAUGAUUCCCCCCUGCCUUGUGCCACUGUCAAAACUGUCGACAGCUUCAGUUUCCUUCAUCACCCGGUUCACCAGAGGAGCCUUGAGAUCCUUCAAAGGUGCAAAGAUGAGAAAUACAGCAUCAGCAGGAAGAAUCCUCGCUCUCCGCUGUCACACCUUCAAGGCGCCAACGCCCCGAACGAGAAAGCCAGCUGGGAUGGUUUCGGCGUCGGCUGCAACGGUCGCCGGCCGAGCUCGGGGCGCCUGUCGUCGGCGGGGAGCCCGACGGCCCUGGGGGAGGACGGCAUCUUCGUCAACUCGUCCAACAGCAAGCUUCUGGAACGAGCUCAGGGAAUCUUACUAAGAAACAAAAACUGCAAAAUCAAGCCCAGCCUCCCCAAGCACUUGUUAGACGUCAAGUCUCUGCGCCACCUGAGCAGCGUGACGCUCCACGACCGCAUCACCAAGUCACUGCUUCACUUGCACAAGAAGAAGAAACCGCCCAGCAUCAGUGCACAGUUCCAGGCUUCCCUCAGUAAACUGAUGGAGACUCUCAACCAAUCAGAGCCAUACUUUGUCAAGUGCAUCCGCUCCAAUGCUGAGAAGCUACCCUUACGUUUUAAUGACAGCUUGGUGCUCCGACAGCUGCGAUACACGGGAAUGCUGGAAACCGUCCGGAUACGACAAUCGGGCUACAGCAUCAAGUACACCUUCCAGGAUUUUGUCGGUCACUUUCACGUGCUGCUGCCUCGAGGCACGAGCGCAACCAAGUCGGGCAUCAGGGAGUUCUUCAGGCAGAUCCAUCUGAUGCCUGCCGGCUACCAAGUGGGCAACACCACGGUGUUCCUGCGGGAGGCGGAGCGCCAGCGUCUUCAGACACUCCUCCACCAGGAAGUUCUACGGCGCAUCGUCAUGCUGCAGCGCCGCUUCCGGGCGGUCCUGGAAAGGAAGACCUUUGUCGGGAUGAGGCUGGCCGCGCGCAUCAUCCAGCGAUGGUGGCGACGCUGCCUUCUCAGAGAAUCCGCCGCGUAUCUGAGGCUGGAGGAGCAAGCGGUCGUGUGCCUCCAGUCAGCGUGGAGGCGCUGCAGGCAGCGCCGAACCUUCCUGCGCUGGCGCCGCUCGGCCGUGGCCAUCCAGAGGAGCUGGAGGAGCUACCGGCGUCGAAGGACCGCGGCGGCCAUCGCGGUCCAGGCGGCCUGGAGGGGAUUCCUUGAGAGGAGACGAUACUGUGAGACCUACGGGACUGUGAUGCUGCUGCAAGCGCUGGGGCGCGGUUACCUGGCCCGCCGCAGGUUCCAAGAACUGAAGCAGCGGCGCGAACCGCCAGCGCCCGUCAUCCAAGGACCCGAUGACGACUUGGCACCGUCGCAACGGGACCCUGUGCGCGGCCUCUCCGGAGAAUCAGCGGACGACUCUGCGCUCGCCGAGAAAGACUGGGAACAAAGUCGGAGUGCGGACGAGGCGAGCCACAAGACUCGAUCCAAGAGAGAGAGCAGGCGAAUGCGAGAACUGGAACAGGCGCAGUUCAGCUUGGAGCUUCUCAAGGUUCGAACGGGUCAUUUGGACACGCCGCCUCAAGGGGGGGCGGCGGCACCGGACGGCGGCACCUUUCCCCCGGAGGACCAUCGCGGCGGACCUUCACCUCUCGGCUCUCUUGACAGCUUUGACAUGUUCGCUGUCGAGGACAUGGAGACCGAAGGUUCCGGAGGUUUUCCAUCCGGAUCGUCCGCGCCUCGGGAAUGUUUCAUUUCAGACCGGCGAGCUCAAGAGAUUCCGGCGAGAGAUUCAAACCACAACGAAAGGCCCAAGACGGAGUCCCCUCUCAGGACUGAGGGUCCCCGGGCAACAUUUUACAUCGCUUCUGACCAAAGUCCGAUUCGGGUUCCAAACUGUGAAAGUCCCGGCAAAUCUUACAAGGACCGAAGGGAGUCGGCCUCUCGAAAACCUGUUGUGGUCUUGAUCAGUAUGCAAAAGGAGAGUCCUCUGGAAGAGGGCCCGCCGGUACCGCACAGUCCAGAAAGAACGCCUCCCGGUUCGCAACGGACACCCGUAUCGGGUUCGGAGGUCGGAUCUCCGAUUGAAUCACUCGAUGAAAGGACUACACCGUCCACCUUUGACGAAGGGAGUUCCUCCCCGCUGCCGCCUUCAACCGCUCACGAAGCAAGUCCAAAAGCGCCUGGUCUUUGCUCCUCCCACGCGGACCUCAAGAUCACCCCGGAACCCAAAGCCGGCGUUUCUCCCGUUCCCCCGGGUCAGCAGAAGAAGAAAACGGCCCCGCCCGGGAAGGGGGUGUCGAGUCCGCUCCUUGACACGAAGCCGCCGCCCAAAGCCCAGAAGAAGAGCUCAGCCCAGACCGUGAUUGUCAACAUGACGGAGAAGCCCUCCAACGCCGUCUUCUCGCCACCCAGACGCAAGCUUCCAUUCUCCAAGUCCGACAAGGAUUUGGUGAGCCAGGGAAGGUCUUUGUCCAUGUUCAGAGACGAUUCCAGAACCAGAGAGCAGGUGGGCCGCCCGGGCCCCAAAAAGAAACCGCGCAUGUCCCGGACGCGCUCCGACUUCCUCACGCGCUGUAACUCGGAGGGAGCCACGCGGUCGGACAACGACGACGACGAAUACUACGUCCCCGCCCACUCUCGCACGCUGCCCCCCUCCCUGUGCCCCCCGCGCGCCCGCCCCGAGGCCGACUGUCACAGUGACUCCGAGAUGGAUUCCCACAAAGAUCCCAAGAAGAUCCAUAAGACCUUGUCAUCGGGGGAUCUGGGCAAAGUGGAGGUGCUGAGGAAAACCUCCAGUCAGGAUGGAAGAAUGAGAGGAAAGAUGCGAUUCUGGAGCAAAAGCAAACAGGGCGGGAAAAAAGUGUCCAGGGAGAAGCCGGCCGGCAGGAGUGAAAGCGCCGCCGAGACGAGUCCAUCAGAGCGUGCGUCACAAAAAUCCCAAAAUGAAAAUGAUCAAAACGAAACGGAAAGCCAACUGAAAGCAUUUUUGCGUCCAUCAGAGCGUGCGUCACCUCCUCGCGGUCCAGAUGCGGAGGAGGCCUCAUCGCCGCGCGGGAGGCGGGACAGCAAGGAGAACAAGGAGCCGUCUCCCAAGAUGAAGCGGCGGCGCAGCCUCAAGAUCAGCAGCGUGGCUCUGGAACCCGCCCAGUGGCAGAACGACGCAUUGCACAUCCUCAGCUCGGCUCACGACUACCGCACCAUGAACGACUUCCUCCUGAAGAAGAUUGCCGACCUGGAGAGCGAAAACGGCAAGAAGGACACCAUGGUGGACGUGGUCUUCAAGAAAGCCCUGAAGGAGUUCCGCAUCAACAUCUUCAACUCGUACUCUUCCGCCCUGGCUAUGGACGACGGGAAGAGUAUCCGUUACAAGGACCUGUACGCCCUUUUCGAGCACAUCCUGGAGAAGAGCAUGCGGCUGGAGCAGCGCGACUGGAACGAGUCGCCGGUCAAGGUGUGGGUCAACACCUUCAAGGUCUUCCUGGACGAGUUUAUGACCGAGUACAAGCCCAUGCAGGGGACCAUCGGCAGGGCUGCCAAACGAGAGCGCAAGAAGUCGCGCAAAAAGGAAACCGACAUUGUUGAGGAGCACAACGGCCACAUCUUCAAAUCCACGCAGUACAGCAUCCCCACCUACUGCGAGUACUGCUCCUCGCUCAUCUGGAUGAUGGAGCGAGCCUGCGUCUGCAAACUCUGCCGCUACGCCUGCCACAGGAAGUGCUGCUCCAAGAUGGCCACCAAGUGCAGUAAAAAGUACGAUCCGGAGCUGUCGCCUCGCCAGUUUGCCGUCGAGCUCUCGAGACUGACCAGCGAGGAGCGCAACGUACCCCACCUGGUGGAGAAGCUCAUCAACUACAUCGAGAUGCACGGCCUCUACACCGAGGGCAUUUACAGGAAGUCGGGCUCCACAAAUAAAAUCAAGGAACUGCGCCAGGGCCUGGACACCGACGUGAGCAGCGUGAACUUGGACGAUUACAACAUCCACGUCAUCGCCAGCGUGCUCAAGCAGUGGCUGCGCGACCUGCCCAGCCCCCUCAUGACGUUUGAGCUCUACGAGGAGUUUCUUCGAGCCAUGGGUCAAUCCGACAAGCGGGAGGUGAUCCGAGGAGUGUACUCUGUCAUCGACCAGCUGAGUCGCACGCACCUCAGCACGCUGGAACGCCUCAUUUUCCAUCUGGUCAGGAUUGCACUGCAGGAGGACACCAACAGGAUGUCGGCCAACGCGCUGGCCAUCGUCUUCGCCCCCUGCGUCCUGCGCUGCCCCGACACCAUCGACCCUCUGCAGAGCGUCCAGGACAUCAGCAAGACCACGGCGUGCAUGGAGCUGAUCAUCACCGAGCAGAUGAGCAAGUAUAAAGCGCGCCUGAAGGACAUCAACAGUCUGGAGUUCGCCGAGAGCAAAGCCAAGAGCCGACUGACCCACGUCAGGAGGUCCAUGGGCAAAAGUCGCGUUCGGCAAGGCGGUCCGCACGCGCCGUCGCCGCCGCUCAGCCCCAGGCCGGGCCCCCCGGUGGUGGACGGCGGGAGCGCGGGAGCGGCCGGCGAGGAGAUGGCCGAGGCUCCGCUGAGCGAGCAGCAGCAGCUCGCCAUGCAGCAAGAGGAGCGCAUCCUCACCGAGCAGAUUGAGAGUCUGCAGAGAGAAAAGGAGGAACUAACAUACGAGAUGUUGAUUUUGGAACCGCGAGCGUCCGACGAUGAGACUCCUGAAUCGGAAGCGUCCAUCGGCACGGCGGACAGCUCAGAGAACAUCACCAUGGAAACGGAGGGCGCCAACACAGAGCUGCCCGAGUCGGGCGCUUGCGGCUCCAGAAAAUGGGAGCCGAAGAGCAGGCGACCGAUGCGCCGCCAUCCCGAUUCGGUGGAUUCUGCCGACUCGGCGUCCGCCUGCUCCAAUCGUCCGCCGUCCGCCUCGCCGUCCCCUCAUUACCGCUUCCGCUCGUCGUCGUCGGGACCCCUGCUGGCCUCCUACAGCCCGGGAGGGGCGGUCGUCGCGGCGGGCGAGAUGAGCCGCCCAAGUCACAGGCUCCGCCUGAGCCGCAGCUCGCCGCGGGAGCCGUCGGGAGGACACCGCAGGGAGCCCGAGUUCGGCUCGGCGCCGCAGCAGCUGGUUCUGUACGGCAGCAACGAGUUCAUGGUGUGACGCCGGCGGGAUGCAAGGCGGCCCGACUACGGCGGGGCCUUGAUUCAAAGUUUUGAUAAAGACAAAAGGUCGGCUGCGGCUGGUCACGGGGGUCGUGCGCCCCCCCCCCAUCCCCCCCGCCCCACGGCAGAGCAGGUGAGUACUGAGCCAGAGCGCAGAAGAAGACUGAACUUUGGUGGGGCCGUCUUUCUUCUUCAGCUUGUAGCCAGAACGACUGAAUCGCUCCGCUACGCUAAACUAUGCUAAGCUAAGCUAAGCUAAAUCCGCUUGUCACGUUUACACACCAGCCGAGAUGCUGCAUGCUCAUCCGUUUGACUUCCUGUAAAGAAAGAGCGCAACGACACGUCACAGCUGACCCUUCACACGCGGCAAAUGGUCGGGCUGAACAAUUUUGG